AUGGUGAGUCUACUUAUCACGUGAGCUACUAACAAACCUGUUUGUGUGCAUAAUCUGAAGGCAUUGAUUAAAUGUGAUGCUUGGUAUUUGGCGGUAGCUAUCACAGAUCAUCAUUUCGUCCUCAUUUUUUCCUUACCUUACUUCUUAACCAAAACAACUUUUACACUCGUGAACGCCGCUUCCUUCGUGUCGUUUUUUUACCCGUGUACCGCAUUGUAUGUAAUGCUAGGUUGACCGAUCGCAAUUCGACUUAGUAAAUAUUCCCGUACCCACCCAACAGAAUAACGGGCCUGUGGCUCGAUCACAAAGCAUUCGUCUCAACGACACAAGGUCCCGGGUUGGGAUCUCAGGUGUCCCAGAUCUGGGGUUGAGCAUAGCUGGCUGAUGACGAAUAGUAAACUAGAAACGGUCAUUCCAGUCUUCCUCGUCUUUGACCCAAUGAAUAGCGCUAGAUCGCGUGUACUACGUCUACUUCGCGCACGGCGUCUCUUUUGUCAGCAGUAUUGCGCGAACAAAGAUUCAUUUUCGUUCCUUCACUGAACCACGAUAGACUGCCGGAGUGCUAUGACGCCAAAUAUGAAAUAUACAGGCACAUGGAAGGUUAUCUCAACUCGAAAUUUAUCGUUUGCCUCAUUCGCAUCUUCGUUAGUAUUUUGACCGUCCUCUCACCCUCCCUAUAUUGCCAAAUAAAGUCGCCCAUCAGCAUCGAAAACAACUUACUUUAAGCAUUUUUAAAUUCUUGCAUCGAAUGUCUCGGCCUACAGGGACAUGUGCAUUUACAUAUAGUCUGAAUUCAGUGUGGCGCUCAUACCUAACUUCGUUUUUUCGCUGGGGUACUUUCAUAGACGCGCCGUCAUCGGGUACCACAACCCUCUUGCUAUCUAUCAUUAACAUCGUCAUUGUCUUUAUGUAACGCGUGAAGUUAUUUGUUGCCAUUUGUAAAACGGACUCUAGUAUCUCGUUUUGACGUCUACUGGCUGUUUCGGUUUUGCUAGGCAUCCGUCUUCUGCGUUUUAGCAUGCAUAUUCUCUGAGUCUACUGGAGCCGAACCUCAAGCCUGGUGCUCGUGCACUCGACGUGGGAUCCGGAAGCGGAAUCUUGACAGCCUGUUUUGCUCUU